ACACAUACACCAAAGCAAACUUUUUGCCAUUUAUUUCCACUCCCAAGUUUUGCCCACAACCGAUAUCGGUCGGACCUGUAUGGCCCCAUCUGCCGCCAUGUCCACUCUAACAGUUGGUUUGAAGACCGAAGACGUCCCCUCGCGCUCUCUCCUCGUCAGCCGGAGCGACAUGCAGCAGACGAGCCUCAGUCCACCGGAGGAGACGGUGAAGCCCAAAGUGGCCAUUCUCCCCUUCAGCGUCGAGGCGCUGAUGGCUGACAGAAAACCCAGUCGGGAUUUGUCAUCCCACGACCACUCGUCCGUCGCCGGGACGUCCCACGCGCUGGGCGUACGGAUGGGCUCCCUCUCCAAUUUGGAUAGUUCGGUUUCUUCUCUUUCCAUGGGCUCCUCGUUUUCUGUGGGCGACAUCAUGAACAUGCAGGACGACGUGCAGAUUAAACCCGAGAGUCCGGACAGCAAGGACAGGAAUUCCUGGUUACAGAAUCCUCGUUUUUCUCCCACGCCUCCACGACGGCUGAGUCCUCCUGCCUGUCCCCUGAGGAAGCACAAAACCAACCGAAAGCCCCGGACCCCGUUCACCACGUCCCAACUCCUGGCCCUGGAGAGGAAGUUCCGCCAGAAGCAAUACCUCUCCAUCGCCGAGCGCGCAGAGUUCUCCAGCUCCCUCAACCUGACAGAGACACAAGUGAAAAUAUGGUUCCAGAACAGACGGGCGAAAGCCAAGCGGCUCCAGGAGGCGGAAUUGGAAAAACUGAAAAUGGCAGCCAAGCCUAUGCUUCCUCCAGCUUUUGGAAUUUCCUUUCCUCUCGGUGCGCACGUCCCGGGGUCUUACGGUGGCUCCCAUCCGUUCCAUAGGCACUCUCUGCCUGUGUCACCCGUAGGACUGUACGCUGCUCACGUCGGAUACAGUAUGUACCAUCUCGCUUGAGCGGGGACCACGGACCAUAGCGCGCUGUCCGGCUGACCUCAUGGGCACCACCGGGCCCCAUCAGCAGAAGCAUGGGUGUAAGGGCUGUAGGCGCUUGCACCGUGACUGCUGUAGGGCCUACAUGUUCAUGAUGACCUGAUAGUAAAAUGUUGGACAACAGGACAGCAUAUUCCACAGAGUGUGUGUCAAAGAUAGCCCCCCUGUCUUGACAAUUCGUGGCGGGCUUGGACUUCGGCCAGAUUUAAAGGGCUAUACAAACAAUGGGCGACGGUGGCGAACAGUGUGUGUCGUUUUGCACCUACAAAAUAACAAUCCCCAGGUAGGUUGGGCUCUGACUCUGGGUUCGUGACACACCCCAACCCCGUUCACGUUGCGUUCAUAGACAUGAUGAUGCACACAUAUAGUGGGUCACUAACUGUCAUCAAAUGCUCUUUUUUGCUAAAUUAGAGAACCACAGCAUUGUAUAACAGCACUGUCUGUUUGUCGGAAUGAUUCCCUUCGAAAGGGAUUUGUGUACUGUAAAAUAUGUAUAUUUGAAGAAUACCCUCAUUUAUAUUAUGACUAUAUU